GCUGGCAGUGCGGCAAUCGUUCGGCUGAGUCGGUGCUGGGUGUAUGAGGAGGGCACUAUGUGAUGGUUAGCCUCAGAGCCAGGAAGCAGCCGAGCUAUUAGCAACCCUCCAGCUGCUACCAGAGUCUUCGCGUCUGGGAGGGAAAAAAACCAAGCAGCUGCUGAACAGGUGUCAGGGCUGGCCAGAACUGCACUUUGGGUCAGCAUCUGCACUGUUUGGUAGUAAAUGUGACAGAUCGCACAAACACAUCCAGCCUCACUAUGGGUCAGGACAGGGGGAAGUAUGAUUUCUACCUUGGUCUUGGGUUGGCUAUCAGCUCCAGCAUCUUCAUCGGAGGCAGUUUUAUCCUCAAGAAGAAAGGACUUCUGAGGUUGGCGAGGAAGGGAUCAAUGCGGGCAGGCCAGGGUGGUCAUGCAUAUUUGAAAGAAUGGCUGUGGUGGGCUGGUUUAUUAUCGAUGGGAGCUGGGGAAGCAGCCAACUUUGCAGCAUAUGCUUUUGCUCCCGCUACUCUCGUCACUCCAUUGGGAGCCCUCAGCGUGCUUGUCAGCGCCGUGCUGUCGUCGUACUUCCUGACUGAGCGGUUAAACCUGCACGGGAAGCUCGGCUGCCUACUCAGCAUCCUAGGCUCCACCACCAUGGUAAUUCACGCUCCAAAAGAAGAAGAGAUCACCAGCCUCGAGCAUAUGGCCAAAAAGCUGGUCGACCCAGGGUUUUUCGUUUUUGCCACACUUGUCAUCAUCGUGGCCCUCAUCUUUAUUUUUGUUGUGGGUCCCCGCCACGGUCAAACCAAUAUCCUCGUGUACAUCACAAUCUGCUCAGUGAUUGGGGCACUAUCAGUAUCCUGCGUCAAAGGACUGGGCAUCGCCAUCAAGGAAGCGAUCGCCGGGGAAAACGUAGUGCAAAACCCGUUGGCGUGGAUCCUGCUGUUGGGUCUGAUUGCCUGCGUGAGCACUCAGAUCAACUACUUGAACAAGGCUCUGGACAUAUUCAACACGUCCCUGGUGACCCCCAUCUACUACGUGUUCUUCACCACGUCCGUGCUCACUUGCUCGGCCAUCCUGUUCAAGGAGUGGGAGCACAUGGGCACGGACGACGUGAUCGGCACCCUCAGUGGCUUCCUUACAAUCAUCGUGGGCAUCUUCCUGCUCCACGCCUUCAAAGACAUUAGCGUCAGCUUGGCUACGCUCGCUGUGUCCAUGAGGAAGGAUGAUCGGGCGUUUCCCGCGGCCAACGGCAUGGCAUCCCACAGUACCUACGAACUACUACAUAAUGAGUCCAGCGAGGGCAUGGAGGACAGAGAAAUGGGCUUGCCUUUCGAUAACGUCUCCAGAAGAAACGGGGCGAUGACAUCAUCAUAGGAUGAUGUUGGAAACUUUUUGCAGGCCACUAACAAAACAGCCUCCUUCUGACUCACCAGCCAUGGCAUUGUUAUAGGCAUGGUGUAUGAAACAAUAAGACAAUCACCUGUGAGGGGGAAGUGACUCGGACAGACCAGUGGAUUGUACUUAAUGUUUUAAUUUGCCUUACUUUUCUCAGAAUAUGACCUGCUCAUAUUCACUUAGUUUAAACCUUAAUUUCAUUCCUCUGUAGCGCUGUAAAUAUGUUUUGGGUUUGUUUUUUUUUAAAGAAAUGUUUUGUUAUAUGUACAUGCAUAUCCAUGCACUGACUUACUUUCUAUAAAUCAAAGGUUUUAAUAUAUAUAUUCUAUAUGAAGUCCUGCUAAAAAUGACAACAUUUAAAAAGGACUGUCACUAUAAUUUGGAUUCUCGUGAUACUUGAAAGUAACAACUAUUUUUGUUGGAGGUCAUUGCGAACUUUUUUUAUGUGGCGUUAACAUGAAAAGCUCUCGAGAUGAACCCACAGAUUUGUUUCAUAUUUAUUGAAUUAAAAUGAUUAAAACAUUCGAAAACACAAGGCACAGUGAAUAAAUGCUUAACACGAGUA